AUGCGACCCCUUAUUCGAGCCCAGCUGGGCGUAUCGGCAUCAGCCCGGAUACGUUUUUUCGGGACAGUCAGGUCUUAUAAUUCGGUUGUGUCGAGGUUGGCGUUUGGAGGGUUGGGGGUGAAUGCGUUGGCGAUUGGACGGAGGAGCUUUCAUCAAUUGAAUGGGUAUGCAAAGAGUGGGAAUGCCAAUGGAAGGCAGCAUGGCGAAAAGUAUCUGGAACGGCUCGAGGUGAAGGAUGGAAGGAAACAGAAGGAAGGAAAGGAGACGUCGGAUGCUAUGGAUCAGGGCAAAUUGUUGACGACGCCAUCGAGACUUUUUAAACUUUUGAUACCCUUGACUACUAUUGCUCAUGAUCCGCAUCAUAAAGACGUAGAACCGAUAGCGAUGCUGGUCCACCCCCAACAACCCCUCUCAUAUCUCGAACGGCUCAUUCAAUCCGAAAUCCCUCCAAUAGAAGGAAAAGAUGGGGAAUUCCGACCGCCCGUGGUGUCGUUUAUUGCCCUCCAACUGGAAGACGACUCCAUCAGACCCAAACGGCCACUGUACGAAGAGACCGACGCCGAAGUACGCAGGGUAGCGGAAGGAGGCGAAGGCGGCGCAGGGCUGGCCAGGGAGCGACGAGCCGACGAGGAAGAGGCGGAAACGUACAGCUACCUGCGACGGUCCGAGCCCGGGGACAGAAGCAAAGAGAAGCGAUUCGUGCGAUGGUCGCAGUCGACGGAAGUAGGCGACUUUAUCCGGGAUGCCGCUCGAGGACGGGAAUUCAUCGUGACCAUUGAAGGGGCGCCAGCAGGGCUGGGCCAGAUCCGAGUGGCGGUUCCGUCCUUUGAGGAGCGGACGUAUUUUCUGCGGAUGCGGCUGAGGAAGAUUUCGCAGAGGAUUCAGAGAAUUGCGGAUAUCAAGCAUGAGUGUGAUGCCUUGGCUCACCGUGGCGCCCAACGGGUGGCGAUUGGGGGGUUUGGGGUCCUUGCAUCCUGGUGGUUUCUGGUGUACAAACUGACCUUCGAGACUGAUCUGGGAUGGGACACGAUGGAACCAGUGACGUACCUGGCCAGUUUGUCGACGUUCAUGGGAGGUUACCUCUGGUUUCUCUACCACAACCGCGAAAUCUCGUAUCGAUCGGCGUUGGAUUUCACGAUCAAUGCGCGACAGAAGAAGCUUUACACGGCCAAGGGGGUGGACUUGCAUUUGUGGGAGUCUCUGAUUGUCGAAGGCAACGCACUACGGAAGGAGAUUAAAGGAAUUGCGGCCGAGUACGACGUGGACUGGGAUGAGAGAGCGGACGAGCAAGAUGAACGGGUGACCGAGGCAUUAAAGCAAGAACGACAUCAAAAAAACGGAUCUAAACAUGAGGAGGGCAAAGCUAAAGAUGCCAAUGAUGAUUGA